AUGGAUUCUGUCAUCGACAUGGCCGAUGCCGCUCACGCCCUGGAUCUUGACCGGAUCCGCUUCCAGCUCAUCCGGCUCGAGGAUACCAUCACCUUUCAUCUUAUUGAGCGUGUGCAGUUUGCUUUGAACAGCGUAAGUUGGACGGGGCCCUGCGCUCAUGCGACCCCCUGCCGCUUUCGCAUCAUCCCUGGACUCGCUGGACGUGCCCAACUGACUAAAAUCUACGUCCCUGGCACCCUGGAUCUGCCGGAUUGCGAUCUGAGCUUCCUCGACUGGUACUUUUGCGAACAGGAGAAGCUGCAGUCUUUGAUCCGUCGCUUCGAGUCCCCCGACGAGUACCCCUUCUUCCCGGACGCCCUACAGAAGCCCAUCUUGAAGCCCCUCAACUACCCCAAGAUCCUCUACGACAACGACGUCAACGUCAACGACAAGAUUAAGCAGUUCUACGUCGAGAAAUUCCUCCCCGCAGUGUGUCCCGACUUCGGCCGCGAGGAGCGUGGCGAGUCGCAGGAAAACUACGGUUCGACCGCAACCUGUGAUAUUGCUUGUCUGCAGGCUCUUUCUCGUAGGAUUCACUUCGGCAAGUUCGUCGCCGAGUCCAAGUUCCGAUCAGACGAAGAAACCUAUAUCCGCCUCAUCAAGGCUGAGGAUCGGGAGGGCAUUGCUGAGUCCAUCACCAACGCUGCGGUCGAGAAGAAGGUUCUUGAGCGUCUCCGCCUCAAGGCUCUGACCUACGGCAGAGACCCGUCGAUCCCCGACGGGACCGACGGCCACGCUAAGAUCAACGUCGAUGCUGUGGUAUCAAUGUACAAGGACUUCGUUAUCCCGUUGACCAAGGAAGUGGAGGUGGAGUACUUGAUGCAGCGGCUGGAGCCUGCUCCUUGA